AUGAACACGCAAGAUCCUGAUCAGGAGCGGGAUGAUGGCGGCGCGUGCUCGUCCCCCGAUUCUCUCUUCGACGGCGAGCUGGAGCUCGACGAGGACGUAUCGCUUGCCGAUGCGGUAAACGGACUGCCAGCGAAAGACGCAGAUGCACGACCGGCGGUAGACUCGCGACAGGGAGUCAACGUACUUCCUGCACGACGAACCCCGCCGCCGAUCCCUGGGCUCUUCCUCGAUCCCCACCUUCGCGUCCCCGCCGAUCUCGCACGCGAUGUCUACGAGUUCUGCAAGCAGACCUACUUCCGGAAACCCAAAGACAAUCAAGUGAUGCUCUUCGAGCGCGCGCCGGACCCUCCAGCGCGAUCGGAAGACAGCCCGACUCAAUAUCCUCCAUCUUCUAGCCUCCCCGCCACCCUGCUCUCCCUCCUCCGCGCACUGGCCGCCGAGCUCGCGCCCGUCCUUCCUCCCAAUAUACACGCACUUCUUUUCCCAGCGACCCCUUCGCGCGCCCGGCAGAUCAUCAUCAAUUUAUACGCGCCUGGCGAGGGCAUCAGCGCGCACGUCGACCUGCUCAGGCGUUAUGGGGACGGCAUAAUCGGCGUCUCGCUCGGCAGCGGCUGCGUGAUGCGCUUCAGGGACGUGGGGGAAGAGGGCGCGGCGCACGAGAGCUAUAAACCGGUGGCGGGCGAGGGGCCUAAUUCCGCGAACGCCACGUACGACGUUUACCUCCCGGAAGGCAGCGUGUACGUGAUGACGGGGGACGCGCGGUAUAGGUGGACGCAUGGAAUCGAGAGGAAGAGGGCGGACUAUGUGGAGAGGGAGGAUGGGGAGGGGGCGGAAUGGAUAGAGAGGGGAGAGCGCAUCAGCGUCACCUUUCGCUGGAUGCUUGAGGGCGGGGAUGUGUUGUGA